UUCUCGGGGGAGGUGUCAUGGUUGCGCCCGUCGGUGGCCAGGAGAUUCGGUUUAAGGAAAAUGACAGCAUGUGUUUUCUUUCACUAAUGGAAAUGACUUUUGUUUCAUAUUGAAAACAUAAAGCCAUUUGGAAGUGUUUCAGUGGAUAACAAAAUGAGAAACAAAGCAGGUUCCAUUUUAUGGAACCUCAGACAGUUCAGUAUUUUAGUUCCAACUAUCAGAACUUUGAGUAUGUAUCAUUUGGGAUUUUGCAGAUCAAAAAUUGCUCAUUCAAACUGGACCUUAAGAAACCUUCCAUUAAAUGACUUUGACAAUAGAAUUCAACCAUCUAUUCGAUACCUCUUUCAGGAUGCAUUGAGUGGCUUUCAGUCAGAAAGCUUAAAUACUGUAAUAGUAUUUAGAGUUAACAGACUAUGCCCGAGAAGACUAUCCUUUGAUUCAAAACAUUGUUUUGUUUCUAUUGGUACUUCUGAUAAUGGAUUGAAAAAAGUAAACUUUCAUCAUGAGGUCUCCUGUGAAGAUGUGCUCUCCAAGGAAAUGAAAUCAACCCCUAUCAGCUAUAUGAAACUAUCUGAAGAAUCUAACUCUUUGAGUGAUGUUUUAGAUACAUUUUCAAAAGGACCUACAUUUCCCAGUAGUAAAUAUUUCUUAGCAAUGUGGACAGUUGCCAAAAGGAUGUCUGAUGAUAAGAAGUGCUAUGAAAAACGACUGAUGUUUAAUCACCCUGCAUUUAACCAGCUGUGUGAACAAAUGAUGAAAGAAGCCAAGAUCCUGCACUAUAACCACCUACUAUUAAGUCUUUAUGCUAUAGUAAAGCUUGGAAUCUUUCAGAAUACACUUGUGGUACAGACUUUGCUGAGGGUUAUUCAGGAACGUAUCACGGAGUGUGAUGAGAGAUGCCUCUCAAUUUUGUCAACUCUUUUAGAGGCAAUGGACCCAUGCAAGAAUGUACAUGCUCUUCGAACAGGAUUGUGGUUGCUAGUUGAUCAGCAAGUUUGGAAAAUAAAACAUGUCACCACAUUACAAAUUGUAAUGAAAUAUAUUGGAAAAGAUGCACCAGUUGCUCUUAAAAGAAAACUAGAGAUGAAAGCCUUGAGGGAGUUAGAUAGAUUUUCUCAUUUGAAUAGCCAGCACAUGUUUGAGGCACUGUCCACCAUGAAUCACCGUUCUGUUAUACUCCUGAAUAAAUGCAGCAAGAAGGUCAUAGAUAAUAUCCAUGGAUGUCCUCUUAAAGUAUUAAUGAACAUAUUGCAAUCCUGCAAAGACCUUCGAUACUAUAAUUCAAAGCUCUUCAAGGGAAUAGCAGAUUAUGUGGCUGAGACUUUUGAUAUCUGGAACUUGCAAAAAGUUCUUUAUCUCCUCCUUCUGUUUGAAAAACUUGGCUUUCGACCUGUUGUAUUGAUGAACUUGUUUAUGAAGAAAAUUAUUGAGGAGCCUAAAUUGCUGACCAAGAAAAACAUCGUCGCUAUUCUUCAUGUAUAUUCUUCUCUUAAUCACAUCAACCAAUGCCAGAACAAAGAGUUCCUAGAAGUUAUGGCGAGUGCCCUGACUGAUUGUCUUCAUCACAUCUCAUCUGAAAGCUUGUUGCAUGCUGUGUGUUCAUUUUGCGUAAUGAAUUAUUUCCCCUCGGCUCCUAUUGAUCAGCUUCUCCGAAAGGAUGUCCUCAGUGAGCUGCUGACAUCAGAUGACAGGGAGAAGAAUGUUCACAAGCUUCAUAUUUUGGAAGCUUGUCUAAAACUCGAUCUUACUUCCUAUCACAAGGGCAUAGACAUAGCACUGCCACAGCUGCCACUGUCAGCAUCAGACAAUACAAAAGCUACGGAAGUAUUGAGCAGGCUUCUGGGUAACAGCAAAGGACUCUUCUCAAAAGAUGUGCAGUUGCCACAUAAUUAUCAUAUUGAUUUUGAAAUCAGAAUGGACGCUAACAGGAGACGAGUACUGUCAUUUUCUGAUGUAGAUGUACCUUCUGCUACGAAUAUACGAAGAGUAGCUGUGCUAUGUGUUCCUAGAUCUAGUUUUUGUUUUAAUUCAAGACAUCCCAGAGGAUUCCUUGCUAUGAAAAUGCGGCAUUUGAAUAUAAUGGGUUUUCAUGUAGUCUGGGUCAGAAACUGGGAGGUGGAAGAACAAAUGAUGAAGGAUGCAGUCAGAAUUUUGAAGACUAAAAUCUAUUCAGUUGAAGUCCUUCCUACUAUUGGUGUAAAAUUGCAAAACCCAUCUUAAAGUAAAAAUCAACCUUUUCAUACUUUUGUAAAAAUACCUUUAAUAAAGACUGUAAUUCAAUUAUCAA